ACAGUUACAUGAAAAUGUACAGAAAAAACUAUAUAAACCCCCUCAAAGCCCCUCCGUUCCAAACAUCUCUCGUCACUUCCACAACAAUGGAGAAGUCCAUUCCCCCUGUGUUUCUUCUUCUUUUGUCGUUUGUUGUCUCUUCUUCUGCAGCCAUAUUGGGAGAUGUUCCUCUGAACUACACUCAUGUCUGCGACCCUGUCAGAUUCACGAACAUCGGAUUAGACAUGUCGGAGUACACUUACUGCGACAAGUCUCUUCCUUUCGACGUGAGGGCCAAAGACCUCGUGGCUCGGAUGAAACUCUCUGAAAAGGUCGAGCAGAUGGGUGAUAAAACCACCGGCGUGAUGAGGAUCGGUCUCCCGGCCUACGAGUGGUGGUCUGAGGCUCUUCACGGCGUCUCUGACGUCGGUGGCGGCUCCACGUUCGGUGGCCCUGUCCCCGGUGCCACCAGCUUCCCCCUCGUCAUCAACUCUGCCGCCACUUUCAACCGCUCUCUCUGGAGGAAGAUCGGAGAAGUAAGUUCGAGUUUUUUUUCGCCCGAGAAAACGCUUCAAGUUUCGAUACAGAUUCUGAUCAGUAAUGUUCUGAAAACGUUGUUGUCUUUUUUUUUUCUCGGUUUUUGGCAGACGAUCUCGAACGAAGCCAGGGCAAUGCACAAUCUGGGACAAGGCGGGUUAACGUUCUGGAGCCCGAACAUCAAUGUCGUGAGGGAUCCGAGAUGGGGAAGAACCUUGGAGACGCCCGGAGAAGAUCCUUACGUUGUCGGGAGUUACGCCGUUAACUUUGUCAGAGGGCUACAAGACAUUGAAGGAACUCUAAACACUACAGAUCCAAAUUUCAGACCGUUGAAAGUCUCUGCUUGUUGCAAGCAUUACACGGCUUAUGAUGUCGAUAAGUGGCUCGGUGUUGACAGAUACAGUUUCGACGCAAGGGUGACAGAGCAAGACAUGAUGGAGACGUUUCAGCCGCCAUUUGAGAUGUGCGUGAAGGAAGGAGAUGCGAGCAGUGUGAUGUGUUCUUACAACCGCGUCAAUGGCAUUCCCACUUGUUCCGACCACAGGCUCUUGAAGCAAACCAUCAGAGAUGACUGGAACUUGCAUGGUUACAUCGUUUCCGACUGCGACUCCAUUGAUGUCAUCGUCAAAGCUCACAAAUGGCUCGAUGACACGUACGAGGACGCCGCGGCACAAUCCCUGUUAGCAGGUCUUGAUCUGGACUGUGGAGGUUCAUACAGGAAAGCCUUAGCAGGAGCAGUCUACCAAGGUCAGAUCAGUGAGUCCAAGAUCGACGAGUCACUAACGAACCUAUACAUCGUACUGAUGAGGCUCGGCUUCUUCGAUGGUCGACCCGAGUUCGCGUCCCUGACCAAACCCGACAUCUGCUCACGAGCCGCCAUCGAGCUGGCCGAGGAAGUCGCCAAAGAAGGGAUCGUGCUCUUGAAGAACCACAACGACACGUUGCCACUGAGCUCAAGCCAGUACAAGAAACUAGCUGUGGUCGGACCGCAUGCUAACGCCACCGAGGCGAUGAUCGGAAACUAUGCCGGCGUCCCGUGCCGGUACAUAUCGCCUAUCCAGGGCUUCUCCUCUUACGCCGAGGUGACCUACGCGACCGGUUGCGGCGAUGUACUCUGUAAGAACGCCACGAUGGUUUUUCCGGCGGUUCAGGCCGCGGGGAAAGCGGACGCCACGGUGAUCGUUGCUGGGCUUGACUUGACCGUGGAGGCUGAGGAUUUAGACAGGAUCGAUCUUAACCUACCUGGGUAUCAGGAAGACCUCAUCACUCAGAUCGCCGAAUCGGCGACAACUCCGGUGAUUCUUGUGAUCAUGUCCGCCGGAGGAGUCGACAUUACGUUCGCCAAGGACCAUCCCAAGAUCAAAGCCAUUCUCUGGGCCGGUUACCCUGGUCAAGAAGGCGGCCGCGCCAUUGCUGACGUCAUCUAUGGAAAAUACAACCCGGGUGGGAGAUUGCCACUGACAUGGCACAAAGCCAACUACGUGAACCAGCUUCCCAUGACGUCUCUGAAACUCCGUCCCGUCGACGAAUUCGGGUACCCUGGCCGGACGUACAAGUUCUUCAACGGCACGACGGUGUACCCAUUCGCGUACGGACUGAGUUACACCGAGUUCAAGUACCAGACAUCUCGCUCCGACCAGAUCAUCCCGGUCAACAUCAAGAUCGCCAAGAACCAGCACUGCCGCCACGUGAACUACACCGACCCAGAGGUCGAGCCCAGCACCAUCUGCCCGUCGGUCGUGGUGGAGGACCUGGCGUGCGAGGAGACGGUGGCGGUCCGAGUGGGGGUGCAAAACGUGGGGAAGAGAGACGGAGGAGAGGUGGUGAUGGUGUACUCGAAGCCGCCGGCGGGGAUCAGAGGGGCCCACACGAAGCAGGUGGUGGGGUUCGAGAGGGUGUUCGUGGGGGAAGGGAAGACGGAGAACGUGAGAUUCGAGCUGAACGUUUGCAAGAGCUUCGCCAUUGUCGACGCGGUAGGGUACAAGGUGUUGCCGUCGGGAGUUCACGGCGUUAUGGUCGGAGACGGAGACAGAACUGUGAAUUUUCAGGUUAAGAUCAAUUAUCAUCACUGACCCGAAUCUUUAGGUAAAGAGUUUCAUCACUCUUGUGUAAUC